AUGUGUCGACCAAUUGAGUCGCGCGAUUCGCUCGGUGGCAUGGGCCCAGCCGCCGCGUUUUUUGCGGGCCUUCAGGGAAGCAGUGAUUGUAUGAACAAUCAAAAACCCAAAAUGAUGGGUCACGCGCCAGCCUGGUCCACCAGAGGGGACGUGGUCUUUGGUGCUGACCAUAUGCACAUGCUUAGUAUGGCGGCAUCGCCUCCGGCACUGCCCUCUGUGUCGAUUCCAAAAAACGACAUGCCGACCGUGCCAUGGGGCAUGGACACUUCGACGAACAAUCUGCUAGAUAUGGGCCUACCCCCACACUCGUACGCGCCCGCCCCGAUUCCUUUCGAGGUCAAAUCCGAGACCGCUGUCUCGCAACAGAACUUUGAUGUUCAGGAGCUGCAAGAAUUAUUGGAUUUAUCGACACCGGACGACCCCAAGAUUGCCAAAUCCAACUACGUGAAUCUGGAUGAGGGCUUUGACGGGACGGAGAUGUCGAUUUUGUACAGCUUUUUGGUGGAUGCUCCCGAAGAUAAGUCGGAGAAGACUCUCGAGAUCAAUGACGGUAUUUUAAACUUGAAUGUGCUCUCGGGUUUUUCCGUCGAAGGUGUUUUGGAGUCUCUCGAGCCCGAUUACAACGAAAUGGUGACUUCGGAUCGCUCUGAACCGCACAUAACGAGGUUGAAGACUGGAGCCAAGCGCGUUGAGGUCAAGAGCCGUCGUUUAUGCAAAAGUGAAGGUUGUUUAAAGCGCUCUCGCUCUAAUGGCCUAUGUAUCUCACACGGUGGUGGUCGUCGAUGUGCUGUCGAUGGAUGUGGCAAGAGCUCGCAAGGCGGCAAUUUGUGCAUUCGCCAUGGUGGUGGAAAGCGUUGCAGCCAUGAAGGCUGCGAUAAGGCCGCCCAGUCGAAUUUUCUUUGUAAGGCUCACGGCGGUGGCCCGCGCUGCCUGUAUAGUGGCUGUUCGCGUAGCUCUCAAGGUGGUGGCUUUUGCCGGUCACACGGCGGUGGCAAGCGCUGCAUGUUUGAUGGCUGCGACAAGGGUACGCAGCGUGGUGAUUACUGUGCUCUCCAUGGCGGGUCUCGCCUAUGUGAGGUACCAGGUUGUAUGCGUAAUGAUCGUGGUGGAGGCCUAUGUGCUACGCACGGUGGUGGUAAGCGCUGCACCGUCGAUGGAUGUGUUAAACCAUGUCGGCGCAAAGAUUUGUGCUCUGCACAUUUGCGCCAGGUGGAUGCUACAGCUUUUUAG